AGUAGAGUGUUAGUGCUGCCCACAUAUUGCCAGGCAUCCCUGGAAGAGGAGGUGUAUUAAACUUCGAGAAGCAAGCAAGGAGAGAGAGAAAAAAAAAAUAUCCUCGGUGUGGUGCGCCUGUGUGUCUGAGUGUUUGCCUUGGGUUUUUUCAGCAAGCAGAUUUUGGGAACCCUUUCCAGAUGAUCUGAAGCUCAUCUGAAAUACAUUAAACCCAGGAGAAGAACAAUCCUCUAAUUCAGCUGCGUUGACGCUCCACUGAGGGUUCCUAUUUGCUGUUAGAGGUACACCCAUACAUGUAGCUGCAGCUCCCCAAGAGACUGUUUUCAUCUCCUUAAGCCAAAAUAUUUUCCAGGCUCCAGAGGGCAAGAUUGGAGAGCUGGAGGGAACUCCCUGAAGAAGCCUGCAUAAUAACUUGGAUCUAAAGGUUUCAGUGUGUUGACUCAAAGGAGAAACUCCCAACUUUAAACUAAACGCCAGCCCUAUCGUUUCUCUAAGUGUGUGCAGAGAAGUGCUCAAGGACAAGUGAGCAGCAUUCGUAUAAAUACAGGAAACACCUGAAGGUUUUUCCAAGGCUUGGCCACAGGAAAUAUAACUCCAAGCAACUGAUAUAACUCUGACACCGAUUUUUGCAAGAAGCUCUCUAUCCUCUUGUCAAUCAAUAUGUCACGCUGGGGGAGAAAGAAUGUGAAGAAGGCGCCUGAGGUGAUCCACACUGUGACAGAGGGACUGAAGUCCCUGUACCGCGAGAAACUGCUGCCUCUGGAGCAGUACUAUGGAUUCCAUGACUUCCAUUCUCCUAGUUUGGAGGAUGCAGAUUUUGACAAUAAGCCUAUGGUGCUAGUUGUUGGACAGUACUCCACUGGAAAAACAACAUUCAUCAAGUAUCUGCUGGAGCAGGAUAUUCCUGGGAGCAGGAUAGGUCCUGAACCCACCACUGACUGCUUCACUGCCAUCAUGCAUGGGGACGUGGAGUCAGUCAUCCCGGGGAAUGCCCUUAUUGUAGAUCCUAACAAGCCUUUCCGCAAACUCAAUCCAUUUGGAAACACCUUUCUCAACAGAAUCAUGUUGAUACAGAUCAAAGGAUGAAUCAGUGAUUGCAUCUUUUUUGUUUAAACAGGGUAUGACUUCCCAGCUGUACUGCGCUGGUUUGCAGAACGUGUGGACCGCAUCGUCCUGCUGUUUGAUGCUCACAAGCUAGAGAUAUCCGAUGAGUUCUCCGAGGCCAUCGGUGCCCUGAAAGGCAAUGAAGACAAACUGCGUGUGGUGCUAAACAAAGCAGACAUGGUGGGCACCCAGCAGCUGAUGCGAGUGUACGGUGCCCUGAUGUGGUCCCUGGGGAAGGUAUUUGGCACUCCAGAGGUUCUACGUGUCUAUAUCGGCUCCUUCUGGGCAGAGCCAUUGCUGGUAAACGACAACCGUAAGUUGUUUGAGCUGGAGGAGGAGGAUCUCUUUGCUGAUAUUCAAAACCUUCCUCGAAAUGCAGCCAUACGCAAACUCAAUGAUCUGGUCAAGAGAGCCCGUCUGGUUAGGGUCCACGCCCACAUCAUCAGCCACCUGAAGCAGGAGAUGCGUUCUGUCUUCAGGAAGGAUAAUAAAAAGAAGAAUCUGAUCUAUCAGCUACCAGUUAUUUUCUCCAAGAUCCAGCUUCAGCACAACAUUUCUGCUGGAGACUUUCCAGACUGUGCUAAGAUGCAGGAACAACUGAUGGUUCAUGAUUUUACCAAGUUCAAAUCCUUGAAGCCUAAUCUGAUGGCAUCCUUGGAUGAGUUGCUCUCCAGUGACAUUGCCAAACUGAUGCCCCUCCUGAGGCAAGAGGAGCUGGAAGCAGGUGAUCAGCCAGGUGUGCAGGGCGGUGCCUUCUUGGGGACCCGUGCUGGACCUUUCUCAGAAGGUGACCCCUUUGUUGAGGAAAAUGGAGAGGGUUGUGAGGAGGAGGAAGAUUGGGUGGUGACCAAAGACAAGCCCAAAUAUGAUGAAAUCUUCUACAACCUUGCUCCCAAUGAGGGGAAACUAAGCGGCACCAAGGCAAAGGACUGGAUGGUGAGCUCCCGCCUGCCCAACUCUGUUCUGGGUCGCAUCUGGAAGCUCUCAGAUGUCGAUCGUGAUGGCAUGUUGGAUGAUGAAGAAUUUGCCCUGGCCAGCCACCUAAUUGAGGUCAAGCUGGAGGGUCAUGGUCUUCCCCCUGAGCUUCCCACCCGUCUGAUCCCACCCUCCAAACGCAGGCAGAAAGGCUCUGAUGCAUAGACCAUCUACUGGCUGUCACACCUAUGCUACUGUUGUAUUUGCUCUUAUUUUCCUGCAGACCCAAAUCUAAACGUUACAUGUUAGGUAUGCAACGUUUCCUCUGAGAAUGAUUAUAAUCUUGCACAAUGAACAUGCUGUAUUUAAAUAUAAGUCGACAAACAAGGGCUUUCAGAAAAGGAUUGUGUAUAAGUCAAAGGAUCUGUUUGCUUCUUCCCUUUGACUCCUCAAAGUUGGCUUUUUUUUAUGAUGAAUAUAUAUUUGCUGAGCAGAAAUGAAAGGCUGAGUCUAAGUGAGCAAAAAUCUGCAUGUACUUUUAAAAACUCCAGAGCAAUUUUAUUCUUUAAAAAAAAAAACACCUUUUUUUGACAUUUUAACAUUCCUUCAGUGUCUAGAUAUUAGAGAUUAUUUGUAGGAAUAUGCCUUUUUUCACAUGUGAUCAGUCCAGCGAAGCAUCAUUUAAAAAUUUAUUUUCAACUUGUGUUUUCAGCAUUUUCUUCUACAUGUAACAGAACAAUCAUGUACAAAUCUAAUAAUCUGAAUGCAUUUCACUCUGAUGCUUUAUAUGUCACAUUUUUCUGCUGAAUUUAUACAUUAUUUUGUAAAUUGUCGCCGUUUACGUUGUAUGUGCAGGAUCAGGAUCUGCGUUGCAUAAAAGAACAUUACAUUCUCAACUAGACUGAAUGAAUGCCAUGUUACUGACUACUGUACACAGCUCUGCCAACUGUUCUUAUGUUAACAACCAUUGUAACCAAAUAAAACUACCUGACUGUG